CUCUAACUUAAAGCCAUUGCACGUUAAAAAAUUUUAGUCAUAAUCGAAAAAAGCCCGCUUUUUAGCAACACGUGAAUUUGUACCUUUAAGAAUCAUGUUAUAUAUGAUCGGAUUAGGACUCGGCGAUGCGAAAGAUGUCACUGUUAAAGGAUUCGAAAUUAUUAAAAGAUGUGACCGCGUAUAUUUGGAAUCUUAUACUUCUAUUUUAAUAGUACAGCAAGAAGUUUUGGAAGAGUUCUAUGGACGUUCUCUGAUCAUAGCUGAUCGUGAAUUAGUGGAGAACAAUGCAGAUGAGAUAUUCCCAAGGAGCGAAGAUGAAGAUGUUGCUUUUCUAGUUGUAGGAGAUCCUUUUUGUGCUACUACACAUACGGAUUUAAUUUUGCGUGCAAAGGAGAAAAAUAUAAAGGUAAAAGUCAUACACAAUACAUCAAUUUUAACUGCAGUUGGUUGCUGUGGUUUGCAACUGUAUUCAUAUGGAGAAACAAUUUCAAUUCCAUAUUGGACUGAUAGUUGGUCACCGGACAGCUUUUAUGAGAAAAUAGCUUUUAACAGACAAAGAGGACUACAUACAUUGUGUCUCUUGGAUAUUAAAGUCAAAGAGCCUACUCUGGAGAGUAUCUUGAAAAAGAAAAGGGAAUAUAUGCCUUCAAGAUACAUGAGUGUCAAUGAAGCAGCUCAUCAGUUAAUAGCAAUACUCGACAAUAAGAUUCAAGAUGGUCAGAAAGAUUUAGCAUUUACACAUCAGAGUUUAGCAGUGGGUCUGGCACGAAUAGGCUGCGAAAAUCAGCAGAUUGUUGCUUGUUCCCUGCAAGAUAUGACCCAUGUAGAUCUGGGACCGCCGCUGCACUCCCUCGUCAUACCGGCCGAGAAACUGCAUCCUCUGGAGAUCGAAUUUCUAACACAGUACUCUCUUAAUAAGAGUCAAUGUAAAGAAAUAAUACAAUAAACGUUACUUUUUCUAUCGAAUGUAAAGAAUAAAGUAAAUCAUUUUUUAUCUCGGAGAGAGAUUUAGGUAUAUAAAUUAAUUGUAAAAAAUUAUUAAAUAUAAUGCAAAUAUUUAUUUAAAA